CCAACCUAUGUCUACGUGACUUGGGCUUUGGCCGGCCUCCUUCUGGGCGUAAUCUUCGGUAUAUAAAGUUUAGAGGCAGCAAGGAUCCAGGAUACAGUUCUUAGCUUUAGCAACAGUCACUCAAAUACUUGGUCAUUCUCGCUGGUAGGAAAAGGUUGGGUCGCUUUAUCCAUCCUCGGCUGCAACUGGAAAUCGUUAGACUAUUCCACUUUUGUUUGUUUGUCUUGGUGGUGAAUGGUGGGUGGACUUCCACCCCAAAAGUCGCAAUCAUGAGCUACUUAAAAUUCUUGGUGAAAAAGAAAGAACUUAUUCCUUUGAUCGCAUUUGUGGGUUUUGCUGGAGUGGGAGCAGCCGGCAUGUCCAUAUACUCCCUUUUCAAAACUGAUGUGAUUGUUAACAGACAGAAAAAUCCAGAACCAUGGGAAAAUGUGAAUCCCUACGAGCCUCAAAAGCUUUUCACAAUUAACCAAAAGUGGGAACCUGUAGAAGAGCUGCAGACUGUCAAACAGUUGACCAAAUGAAGAGUCCAUCUAAAUCACACUCUAUGAAUCUAGUGGAAACAUUUCUGCACAAACUAGACUACUGAAACCAGUGUGCGGAAGUGCUUCUGCUACAUUUUUAGGGUCUCCCUACAUUUUUGGGCUCUGAAAGAGGAAUUCCAUUUUGUAUAAAAUGUAUGUAGUUCAUUAAAGUGUUCAUGAGGACUUUUUGCAUUUAUUUGUACUUAUGUAUUCUUUGGGCGGCAAAUGUAUAAUGACUUGUAAGAUAAAUUGUCUACUAUAAUGAA